UUUCUUUACAAAAAGGGAGUAGCAAUAUACUAUAAAUACCAAGGCAUGGACAUGGCCUUGAGCUACCAAUCAUUGGCAUAUCAGAUAUUUUCCCCCUAUUGUGUUUACAAAGAAAAAACAUGAAUAGGAAUCGCUUGCAACACCAAGUUGCCUGCAUGAGGAAGUCCCUCUUUGAUCAGGGUUAUCUAGACGAGCCAUUCAUCCAGCUGGAGGAGUUACAAGAUGAUGCCAACCCCAAUUUUGUACAAGAAAUUGUCACACUAUUUUACACUGAUUCGGCAAGGUUAAUUCAGAACAUCGAACAUGCACUGAACAGUAGGCCUAUUGACUUUAAUAAACUGGAUGAUUACAUGCACCAAUUCAAGGGAAGCAGCUCUAGCAUUGGAGCUAAAAAGGUAACGAAUGAAUGCACUGUUUUCAGAGAAUACUGCAGUGCAGAAAAUGCUGAAGGCUGCAUUAGGAGUUUUCAACAAGUGAAGCAAGAGUACGCAAUCUUAAGGAGGAAGCUGGAAGUUUAUCUUCAGAUGGUGGGACAAGCUGCAGUUUCUCAAACGGCAUGAGUUGCAUGCCCUGUCAAUGCAGAUAAAC